UUCCCUCCUCUUUCAAAUGAGGAUUCUCGGCUUUCAGAUCAAAAGCUUAACGGUUCUCAGUCAGAACCUGUACAAGUUGUGCCCUCUGCUUUACCUGAGCCACAAAUUGUGUUGAAAAAACCUGUUUUCGAUGUUUCACCUCGCAAUAAAAAGAUGCCACCUUUAAAGGAUUUCAGACUGACCAAAGAACUGGUUCAGCAAAGGGUGAAAGAUAACAUUAUAAUAGUGACCUUUGGUAACUAUGCAUUCAUGGACUUUAUUCUGACAUGGGUUAAACAAUUGAAUGAUCUGGGACUUUCCAAUUAUCUUGUUGGUGCAAUGGACACCAAAUUAUUGGAGGCACUUUAUCAGAAAGGAGUACCGGUUUUUGACAUGGACAGCCAUAUGAGCACCGUAGAUGUUGGCUGGGGUUCUCCGACAUUUCACAAGAUGGGGAGAGAAAAAGUUAUUUUGAUAAACUCCAUACUGCCUUUUGGUUACGAAUUGUUGAUGUGUGAUACUGACAUGGUUUGGUUGAAGAAUCCACUUCCAUAUCUUGCUCGUUAUCCCGGAGCAGAUGUUUUAACAUCCAGUGAUCAAGUUAUACCAACAGUUGUUGAUGAUAGUCUGGAAGUUUGGCAAGAAGUUGGUGCGGCCUACAACAUAGGAAUUUUCCAUUGGCGACCUACAGAGUCUGCGAUGAAAUUGGCAAAGGAAUGGAAGGAACUACUUCUGGCUGAUGAUAAAAUAUGGGAUCAGAACGGAUUUAACGAGAUUGUCCACAGAGAGUUAGGACCAUCUGUUGAUGAGGACAGUGGACUUGUUUAUGCUUAUGAUGGAAAUCUAAAGCUGGGAAUUUUGCCUUCAAGUAUCUUCUGCAGUGGCCAUACAUAUUUUGUCCAGGGUAUGUAUCAGCAACUCAGGUUGGAGCCCUAUGCAGUGCACACCACAUUUCAAUAUGCAGGCACAGAAGGAAAGCGCCACCGACUACGAGAAGCCAUGCUUUUCCAUGACCCACCUGAAUACUAUAAUCCUCCUGGGGGUUUCUUGUCAUUUAAGCCAUCUAUUCCAAAAAGCUUGUUGCUAAGUGGGAAGCAUACCAUUGGAUCACAUUUUACCCUUAUUAAUUACCAAAUGAAACAGAUUAGGACGGCACUUGCAAUUGCUUCCCUUCUAAACAGAACGCUGGUCAUGCCUCCACUAUGGUGCAGGAUUGACAGGCUAUGGUUUCCUCAUCCUGGUGUUUUGGAGGGGUCUAUGACUAGACAACCUUUUCUUUGCCCUCUGGAUCAUGUAUUUGAGGUGAAUGUCAUGUUGAAAGAACUUCCAGAGGAUGAGUUUGGCCCUAGAAUAAAUAUUAGAGAGUACUCUAUACUUGAUAAUCCCUCUCUUCCCUCAGAGGUGAAAAUGUCGCGGCUCGAUGUUCAUCUCUGUAAAGAAGGAACUCAAUAUUGUAAUGUAUCAAAUAAUGUCACUGUUGGGGGAGUACUUAAAUUUCCAAAGCAUAGCAAUGAAGAAUCGUUCAUGAAAGUAUUCACAUCGUUCAAGGAUGUAAAAGUCAUCCAGUUCUCUUCAAUGCAAGAUGCAUUUACAGGUUUCACAAACAAGGAAAGGGAAGAUAGAUUCCGAAAACGAGUUAAACAUUACACGGGUAUAUGGUGCUGCGUGAUGGAUCACACUCCCGGUCACAUAUAUUAUGAUAUAUACUGGGAUGAGAAACCUGGAUGGAAGCCAAUCCCGCCUCAAACUUCUGAAGAUGAUCAUCCACCUUGGUGAGGUCAACUUCAGAGAAUUAUUGUGUUCAUCAUCAAAACUCUAAACGAAAGAUAUUUAAAGGCGGUUCAUUUUUGCACUCGUUGUGAAGAUCAAGAUCGUAUACUUGCGGCAGAAGUAAAAGAAUCUUUGUCAAUGUUGAGGAUGUUAGUUACUUAUCAGAGAGAUAAGACAAUGUGAUUGUAAGAGAAUGAUUUGUGUAUCAAAGCUUUCAACAUUGCAAACAAGAGAAAUGAAAGCCAACAGUAUCUCAGAUGGGGUUGCAGUUUUUGGAUGUUGAUGUCUUGGUUGAUAUUGAAUUGUUUGUAAUUAAAAUAACAAGAGACAUGUCCCAUAAAACCAUUUGAUCAAUUGUUCCUGACCGGUGUGUAUGAAAAAACAUAUGUCAAGAGAGAUCAUUCCCUUAAAUGGAUUUGAGUUACCUUGAGAGAUUAGUUUCCACAGUUGUGCGCGAGGAUAUCUAUUUACCCAAAAAAAUAAGAAGAGACAUCCAAAUGUAUAACUAUUUAUUUAAAAAGGGAAGUGAUUUUGAGUUU